AUGGACCACAGCGUUUUUCAAGUUUAUGAAGAUGAAAUCCAGUCACUGGAAGAAGAAAUUAAACUGUUGACUGAGAAGCACGAAGAUAGCCUACAAGAACUCGCCUUCUUUUCUGAUGAGGAGAUAGUAAUUUCAAUAAAAUCAUUCCAAGGAGAAUUUCAGGGAGAAUCCAAGGGAUGCGAAUCAGACCUGAAAGCUCAACUUGCAAGUCUUUUAACAGAUUUCUCAUUUUUAAUGAAAUUUUCUGGUAUUAAGUUCACAAAUCAUUUGAAGAAAACAGUGGAAAGAACUAGAAACAGAACAGUGCAGAAGCACAGCUUAGCAGGGAAUUGCCACUCCCUGUCUUUUCAAUUGGAAUUCCAGCUUCUUGAAUUGCAGAACAAAGAGGAUGUGUCUGCUGUUAUUACUGAUCUCAGCAUUAUAAUGGAAUCUGGAGAAGACUCAGAUAUGAGCAAGUUUGUAUCAAGCACAGAAGAACACAGAAACCUUUUAACGUUUUUCAGAAGCCUUUCAUCUUAUGGUGAGUGGUGUGAACAUCGCAGAUGCACCUUCCUACAUUUCAAGAAAGAUGAGCCCAUGGUAGAUGCUUGA